UGGCUGUAGCAAGGUAAACCCCUUUCUCAGAAUGGAGAACACUAGCCCUGUCUUUAAGCCUCCUGUAGUAAAAGAUUACCUGACCAAAGGAGCCAGGUUUACCAAGUGGGAUGAUGACACAGCAGUUACAUCCCCAGUGACUCUAAAAGUGGACCCAAAGGGCUACUACCUGUACUGGACCCACCAGAACCACGACAUGGAAUUUCUAGAAUUUUCAAGCAUACGGGACACAAGAUCAGGGAAAUAUGCUAAACUUCCCAAGCUUCCAAAGGUUCGCAAUGUGUUCAACAUGGAUUUUCCAGAAAGCCACCACUUAACAAAAACACUGACUAUAGUAUCGGGACCUGACAUGGUGAACCUGACCUUUCACAACUUUUUCGCUUCCAAGGAAAAUGUUAGCAAGGAUUGGGCAGAUGAUAUACUGGCAAUUGCUUACAACCCACUGACGAACAAUGCCUGUAGACAGACCUACCUGGACAAGAUAUAUGUACGAAUCAUACUAAAGACAAACAAAGAUGGGAAGAUACCUGUAAAAAAUAUUUAUAAGAUGUUUCCUGCUGACAGAAAGAGGGUAGAAGCUGCCUUGGUUUCCAGCCAUCUCCCUAAAGGAAAGAAUGACACAAUGAAGGCAGGAGAAUUUACUGAAUCAGAGUUUAGGACAUUCCUGAUGAAUCUUUGCCCAAGACCAGAAAUAUAUGAAAUAUUUACCUCUUACAGUGCCAAGGCAAAGCCCUACAUGACGAAGGAGGACCUGACCAAGUUUAUCAACGAAAAGCAGCGCGACUCCCGGCUGAACGACGCGCUGUUCCCCCCGCUGAAGCCAGACCAGGUCAAGAGCCUGAUUGAGAAGUACGAGCCGGCUGCUUCAAACAAGCACAGGAGCCACAUAUCACCAGAAGGACUGCUCUUUUACUUAUAUGGCUCUGAAAACUACGUGGUCGACCCUGAAAAGGUGAUUCUUCACCAGGAUAUGAUGCAGCCAAUACCACACUACUACAUCAAGUCCUCACACAACACCUACCUCACAGCGGGGCAGUUUUCAGGAAUCUCUUCCCCAGAGAUGUACCGACAGUGCCUCCUCGCAGGGUGCCGCUGCCUGGAGCUUGACUGCUGGAAGGGAAAGCCACCAGAUGAUGAGCCGAUCAUCACUCACGGGUUCACCAUGACAACGGAAAUUCUGUUCAAGGAUGUUAUUGAGGCCAUCGCAGAGUGUGCUUUCAAAACCUCUCAAUACCCAGUGAUCCUGUCUUUUGAGAACCAUGUUGACUGUGCCAAACAGCAAGAAAAGAUGGCAGAGUACUGCAGGACAAUAUUUGGAGAUGCCUUGCUCACAGAUCCACUGGAAAACUAUCCGCUGAAGCCAGGGCAUCCCGUACCAUCUCCUGCAGAACUAAUGGGGAAAAUCCUGAUCAAGAACAAAAAAAAUCAGCCUCAGAAGAAUGCUCAUGCCCAUCCACACACCCAUCCACACACCACCCACCCAGCACACCAUGCCAGUACAGAUGAACUCAACAGCAGCACAAACCCGCAUCAUGGCCAUGAGGCAGCUCAUCACGAUCAUCACGAUCAUCAAGAUCAUCAAGAUCAUCACGAUCAUCAAGAUCAUCAAGAUCAUCACGAUCACCAUGAUGAUCACGACGACCACGACGAUCAUGACCAUGAUGAGGAAAUGAUGAAGAACUCCGAUGAGGGAACAGCAGGCCAAGAAGUAAAAGCUGUCGAGGCAAUGUCUUCUUUGGUGAACUACAUCCAGCCAAACAAGUUUAUUUCUUUUGAGAAUGCGAAAAAAAAGAACCGCAGCUAUGCAGUCACCUCUUUUGUGGAGACUAAAGGGGGAGAUCUGGCUACCAAGUCUGCGGUGGAAUUCGUGAAUUAUAACAAGAGGCAGAUGAGUCGAAUCUACCCCAAAGGGACCAGGAUGGACUCCUCCAACUACAACCCUCAGCUGUUCUGGAAUGCUGGAUGCCAGAUGGUGGCGCUCAACUAUCAGACCAUGGAUUUUCCAAUGCAGCUGAAUAUGGCCAUGUUCGAGUACAACGGCAGAACUGGCUGGCUCCUCAAACAUGAUUUUUUGCGUCGAUCUGACAAGACAUUUGACCCUUUUUCUGACAGAAUCGACUUCAUUGUGGCAAACACUGUCUCAAUCAAGAUAUAUUCUGGCCAGUUCCUGUCUGACAAAAAUGCGAAGACAGGAGUUGAGGUGGAGGUGAUAGGUCUGCCCGGUGACCCGAAACGCAAAUACAAGACAAAGUGGUCUGCGGCACACAACUCCAUCAACCCUGUGUGGAAUGAAGAGCCCUUUGUGUUUGAGAAGAUUCUGAUGCCGGAGAUGGCCUUCUUGCGUAUUUGUGUUCAUGAAGAACAUGGAAAGUUCAUUGGACACAGAAUAAUCCCUGUCCAUGCUCUGCGAUCAGGAUUCCACCACAUAUGCCUGCGAAGUGAGAGUAACAUGCCAUUGGACCUGCCAGCUCUGUUUGUCUACAUCGAGGUGAAGGAUUACAUCCCUGCCUCUUUUGCAGAUUUCACAGACCUCCUAUCAAAUCCCACUAAAGAAGAUAAGAAAGUAGUUAAACCGGCUCCUGUUCAGAAACCACCUGCUGAGACCUCAAACAACAAUCCUCCAGAGACACCAAGUACUCCAGGGAAUAAACUGGACACAGCUGUUCCUGACCCGCCAGCUGAUUCCUCUGCUGCUCCUGAUGUUGCUGCUGCCCCCACUCCCACUCCGAUCCCAGCCCCUCGUGCAGCCCCUCGUGCAGCCCCUCGUGCAGCCGCCCCUGCAGCCCCCCCUGAAGCCACCACUGCAGCCCCCCCUGAAGCCACCACUGCAGCCCCCCCUGAAGCCACCCCUGCAGCCCCCCCUGAAGCCACCCCUGCAGCCCCCCCUGAAGCCACCACUGCAGCCACCCCUGCAGCCCCCCCUGCAGCCCCCCCUGAAGCUACCCCUGCAGAAACUCCUGCAGAAACCCCUGCAGCCACCCCUGCAGAAACCCCUGCAGCCACCCCUGCAGCUCCCCAAGAGCCUUCUAAACCUUCUCCAGAGCCACCUACAGCAACCAUUGAGGAGCUAAAACAACACAAAAACUUUGUGAAAAUCUCACGAAAACACGAGAAGCAGAUAAAAGACCUGGAGAAGAAGUAUCAGAAAAAAGGGGAUGACCUGGUUAAGAAAUACAACAAAAUGUUUGCAGCUCUUCAGAACCAGCUCAAAAAGAAAGCAGGUUCUUUGAAGAAAGGUGACACCCCAGACUCUGCCCCUGCCCCAGACCCCAAGGUGGCAGAGCUGAAGGAGAAACUCAAGACUGAGUUGACACAGCUGCGGGAGGAACAGUACGAUCUCAUCAAGAAAAAGAAAGAAGAGCACAGUGCAGAGCAAUCUGUGAAGCUGCUGGAAACAGCGAAAGAAAAACAUGCAAUUGAGCUGAAAGCACUGAAGGAAUCAGUUGACAGUGAAACUAAAACCAGGAAGAAGCAGCUUGAAGUGAAGCGAAAUGAGAAGAUAAGUGAAAUGGUGAAGCCUGGUUCUGAUAAAGCCACUCUGGAGAGGAUAAAAAAGGAGCUCAACACCACCUUUAUCCAGGAAGUUGUUCAGAUGACAACCGCAGUUAGAGAACAUAUUGUUGACCAGCAGGAAAAACUGGAGAAGAAACAAGCUGCCACUCUGGAUGAGAUCAAAGAGAAAACGGACAAGCAUAAGCAGGAUGUGAACACAGAGUUUGAUGAGAAGAUGAAAGCUCUCCCUAAGGACGUGGAAGAGGGUGUGAACAGCGUUGUCCGCCCAUACUUUCCAGAUGAAGUUGAGAAACCCAAGGAGAAUGGAUCACAGGUUGAAGGUCUAUCUAAUGAGGUGUAUACAGGAUAGAUGCAUUGGGAUGCCAUGUCCCCACUAGUCAUAAGUUUGUUUUAAUUACCUAUAUGUUUGCAUUUAUUUAUUUGUUUAUUUUUAAUAGAAAUCAAGUUCAUAAGCUACGGUACAACAUUUUUGGAUAGUUUAUGGGUUAGCAAGCUCACCGUUUAUAAGAGGCGCCUAUAUGCACUGGGAAUUAGAAUUUGAAUGGUGAGUUUUGAGGCCAAAACUGGCUCCUCAUAACCUCAACUAAGCUAUCCAGAGGGGCUAUGUUUACAAGUUGUUUUGAGAAAUUACAGCAUUCUUUUUAAAUCAAGCAAAGUUAAUUGUUUUAAAAAUCAUUUAUUUAUACUAAUAAAACAACAUAAGGGUUUACAUUAUUUAAAAAUAUUGCUGCUAAGGGCUUUUAAAUGAACAGAACUAUGAACUAUAAACCUAUAUUUUUAAGCUUCUCUUUACUGAUGGGCACAACGAAUACCAUCCUAAUCAAGGAGCAUUACCUGCUGGAUAAUUAAUAGAGACAACAGUUAAAUGUCCCCAGCCAAAGGCAAGUGAAAUGAUCUAGUAGGUAAUGUAAGUUACAGUGAGAGUUUACAUUUUAUAAAGGCCAGUGAGCUUCCAAGGUUGUAGGAUACGGACUGUUCUACCUAACUGAAAUAGACAAUCUAGGUGGUCUCUAAUACAGAACACUAGACAACACGUUUAAUACUGUAAGAAGUACCAAAGUAACAUUUAUCAUCAAACCCAGUCUAUAGCAACCAAAGUAAAACAACCUCAAUACCAUUGCACUGCAAGACAAACAAAUGAUAUGCACUCAUUUUGGGCACUUGCAGAAUAGUUAACUAGUGAAAUUGUAUAAACUGGUGAACAACAAAAUAACUACUUCCUUUUCACAAAUCUGUAUGCUGCCAAUAACUGGUCUAGAAACAGCACUGAACCAUUAAAUUACAUUUUUGCCGCUUUUCAAUUUUCAACUCUUCAGUGUAGCCAUUCUCCUAUUAAAUUGUUGUGCCUGCGUGCUGUAAUUAAUCACAUUAUCUGUGGAAGAAUGAAUUGGUCUGAAGUAAGAGUUGAUAAAAUUGGACAUCUACAUAUCUGUAAUUGUUUGCUAUGUAGAAGACAUUAUUAGAAUUGUGUUUUGUUUUAGAUAUCAGGUUUUACUGAUUUUCUUUUUAAACCUGUUACAAAUAUGCACUGACCCACUUCUAUAACUUGAGCAAUACAUUGAUUAGUUGCUUUUUGUUAUAAUUUCAUACAAUUGUUUAUUAUAAAUCUACUUUUGAGUACAAUAUAGUAAAAAAGUGAGUAAAAAAAUAUAUAGUUGCAACAAUUAGAAGUUCCGGUAUCACUUGCUACAUCUUAAAACUCGACGUCGCUUUCACCUUAUGAUUGACAACCCCCCCCCCCACCCGUUCUAAAUUUUGACGGGACUAUAUAACUGAUAAGCCAAUCAAAAGUUGUGUAUUUAAAUAAUGAAAAUGGCCUAUAUAAAUGACUUGUAAUGUUUCUUUGGGACUGUGAUUAGAAGGAGAUGAAGUUGUGGAGGUCAGAUCAACCCCAGCAGAUGUGAAGCCGCAGCACACAGAAUCUAAAAAUAUUUUAAGUGAUUCCGGUGAAUGGAUGAUGAGUUACAUAGAAAAACUAGGACAGCUUCAAGUUCUGUUGAUGCACUAUUAGGAUUAAGAGGUAUAUAAUUUCUCAAUUAUAUGCAUUUUUCUGCUGUGAUCAUACUUUUACUGAAACUCAUGAAAAAUGGUUGCUUCUCCCUUUUCAUUGACAGUUUUUAACAAAUCCACAUUUUAGAGUCCUAUUGAAUGUUAAUCAGAAUAUCAAAGGUUAUGGUUACAUACAUUUUGUUAACAUAAUGGUAUGUUUUAAAUCCUAUUUUAAACCCAUUUUCAGCUAACAUGUUUUAAAAGAGGGUUCCUAAAGGAUUCUGUAGUUUAAAUAUAAUGGUGGUGACUUUU